GGCCAGCUGCUCGCUUGGCACCGCUGUGUGUCUUCAGCUGAACCAUUCCCACCCAAGACGGUGGGUCCCGGCCGCCUUUAUCUUGGUGCUGCUCCACAUGCGGCUGCAGAGCUGGUACAAGUGCAGCUGGUGGCCGGGGCUGUCCCUACACAGUCGUGUCCUGCUCUUGGAUGCCUCGCUUACCUGCUGCCGCCGAGCUCGGGCACGGGGCGAGCGAGCUUGUCCUGUCCACCUCGAUGAGGGAGCUGGGUUUGGCAACCAGAACCAGAUUCCGGCUGCCGCUGCUUCUUCCCUCCGUUUGCACGUGCUUUGGAAUAGUGGGUGUUUCAAUCCUUGUAGGAGUUAAACCAACCUCCUGCAAACAUGGCAGACGAGGACCUUAUUUUUCGUAUGGAAGGGAUUGAUAAUGCCAGGACGACCACAGCGAACUCUGGGGGUUAUCUUGAUGCUGAUAGUGAUGAUGAAGACAAUUAUUUUAUCUGUCCAAUAACUGAUGAUCCGAUUUCUGACAAGUCUGCCAGUACCAAAGUAGACAAUUAUUACAGCAGCUUAGCAAAAAGUGAGCAGUACAGUUCAAGCUCUUCUCCUAGAAGCUUUAGCUUUAAGAAUGACACACAGCAUCGUUCUAAGCAUGGCUCUGUGGUUGACCAUGGUCGGGAAACCUGGAAACAUGCUAUUGAGAAAGCCAAGCACAUGCCUGAUCCAUGGGCAGAAUUUCACCUGGAGGAUGUUGAGACGGAACAUGCCACUCGUUACAGGUACAAUGCAGUUACUGGGGACUGGGUUGAAGAUGAAGUCCUUAUCAAGAUGGCUGCACAACCUUUUGGCCGUGGAGCGAUGCGGGAGUGUUUCAGAACGAAAAAGCUGUCCAACUUCUUACACACACAGAACUGGAAAGGUGCCUAUAACUAUGUUGCCAAGCAAUACAUAGAGAGUGUGAGCAGGGAUGUGUAUUUUGAGGAUGUCCGACUGCAGAUGGAAGCAAAGCUCUGGGGAGAAGAGUACAACCGGCACAAGCCACCGAAACAGGUGGAUAUAGUACAGACCUGUAUUAUUGAAAUGAAGAAUAGACCUGGAAAGCCUCUCUUUCAUCUGGAACAUUACAUUGAGGGCAAAUACAUCAAAUACAACUCCAAUUCUGGAUUUGUGCGGGACGACAACAUCCGUCUCACUCCGCAAGCCUUCAGUCACUUCACCUUUGAGCGCUCAGGACACCAACUCAUUGUUGUUGAUAUCCAGGGAGUUGGAGAUCUUUACACGGACCCUCAGAUCCAUACAGAGAAUGGUACAGACUUUGGAGAUGGCAACCUAGGUGUUCGAGGUAUGGCCUUGUUCUUUCAUUCUCAUUUCUGCAACAAGAUCUGCAAGAGCAUGGGACUUGCACCAUUUGAUCUUUCAUCCAAAGAGAAAAAUGCCUUGGAUUAUAAUAAAAAAUUGCUUGAAUCUGCUCAGACCAUCCUCCGUGGCACCGAGGAGAAGUGCGGCAGCAGCCGGGUGAGGACGGUGUCCGGCAGUCGGCCCCCUCUGCUCUUCCGCCUCUCCGAGAACUCGGGGGAUGAAAGCAUGAGCGACGUGGCCUUUGACUCCCUGCCCUGCUCCCCUUCCUCAGCAACCCCUCACAGCCACAGGGUGGACAUGCUUAAUUGGCCUGUGUUCAAUGAAGUAGAUAACUUGGUUCACAAAGACUAUGAUCAGCUUGAUAACCAAAGGGAUUUUGAAAAUGGUGGAGACAGUGGAUACCCCAGUGAAAAGAGAAGUGAGAUGGAAGAUCUGGAUCACAGAGAAAGGGGCCAUUCAAACAACAUCCGGAGACAGGAGUCUGAUGAAGACAGUUUGGGAAGCUCUGCAAGGAUCAGUGUGGAGAAAUGGAAUUUGUACAACUCUUCCAGAGUUCAUGUCCACAGACCAUCCUGUGUUGCCCAAGAAAUUCAGAGGCUCAAUGCACUAGAACUUGAAAAGAAAAUUGGGAAGUCAGUCCUUGGAAAGGUUCACUUGGCCAUGGUUCGCUACCACGAAGCCGGGCGUUUCUGCGGGAAGGACAAGGAGUGGGAUCAGGAGUCGGCCCUGUUUCACCUGGAACAUGCUGCAGACUGUGGGGAGCUGGAAGCCAUCGUUGGGUUAGGACUCAUGUGCUUUCAGCUGCCACAUCACAUUCUUUCUGAGGUCACUGUGGAGGACACAAAGGAGAACAGAAAUAAAGGAUUUAAUUACUUACUGAGAGCAGCAGAAGCUGGAGACCGGCCUUCCAUGAUUCUGAUAGCAAGAGCAUAUGAUACAGGUGUAAAUCUUGCUGCAGACAGAGCCCAGGACUGGAAGGAGGCCCUGCACUGGUACAACGCUGCGCUGAACAUGACUGACUACGAUGAGGGAGGGGAGUAUGAUGGCACUCAGGAUGAGCCCCGCUAUCUGCUCCUGGCCAGGGAAGCAGAGAUGUUAAUGACGGGAGGGUUUCACCUGGAUAAGGAUCCACAGAGAUCAGGUGAGCUUUACACAGAAGCAGCAGAAGCAGCAAUGGAAGCCAUGAAAGGCAGACUGGCAAAUCAGUACUACCAAAAAGCAGAAGAGGCUUGGGCGAUGAUGGAAGAAUGACACUGAAAUUAAGCAGUUCUUGUAUAUAAUUUUUUUAUAGACUUGCUGCAUUUGCAGCUAAAAAGCUAUAUUUUUAUGUGAUGUUACCAGUUCCUUUUUUUGUAUUUCAGUUUUCUAAGGUUUUUUGAGGGGAGAAAUUCAAAUGUAACUAUGUAGGGUGCCAUAGCAUACUUCUGUUAGUGUUUUACAGCUGUAAUACAGACACACUUGACCUUUUAUACUUUUUUAACUGUUAGAGGGCUUAGUUUUUUUGAUCAGAAAAAUGAAGCCUUAUUGUUUAGGUUUCACAUGUCCUGGUUUUUUUCCAGCAAAUGAUCAAUGUGUUUACAUUUUUCUUCUCCUCCCCAUGCACAGAAAAACAUUUUCCUAAAUUCUCAGCCUUUAUUCAUCAUUUUUGGUGUAACUCACCAAAUUUUCAUGAGUGUAAAUUUUCAGUUUAUGGAUGCAACUACUGAUAUUAAUAAGUAGUCCCAUUCUAUUAUGCUGGCAUUGUUGGACACUUCUGUUAUUCUCAGAUGAAUUCCAGAUGGAAUCCUUACAGUUUCGGGAGGGGUGGGAAAGGUGCUUCAGAUUGGCAGUGAGGAUGUUCAGGAUGGAAUGUUUUAUUCAUCACCAACAUUGCAUAUCACACCAUUAGAAAAUCCUGAUGAGGCGAGGCAUCCAGCUACCUCUCUCAUUUUCACAUUUUGCACCAUAUAAUAGCUUAGUUGUAUAAAAUUCUAUUGAUCUUACAUUUGUCCAAUGAUGUACAGUAGCAAGAUCUGUAAUAUAUGGGUAAUUUGAAGUUAUUUUUACAGUGGCAUCUCAAUUCUCAGUGAAGCUAGAUCAUCUCACUUAAAAGGAGAAUAUGCUUUCCACCAUUCCCAGAGGGAUGUUUGAAAAGGUUAGAAGAUGUUAAUUUGCCUUUUAUAUGUACAGAAAACAAUUUAUAUGGUUUAAAUAUAUUUUAAAAUGGGAGGACAACUACGUGGUGGUGGUUGAAUUAUCAUUGCAUAGAGAGACGUUUCUUCCAAAUCUGGUAUUUUAUUCCGUCUCUGUGGAUAGUACAGAAGCUGUUGCUAUUCCUUGGCUGUGGUUAACAGUAAUUUUGCAGGAGAUUUAAGGUGGAAGCUUCUGCUUUCUUGGCCUUACAGUCUCCUGAGGGUGUAAAUUGAUGUCCAUAAGGGGCAGCCCCUGUCAAAUGCUGAAUAACCGAGAGUGCUCACCACUUCAGCCAAGCUGUUAAAAACAUGCUUAAAGCUAAGCAGGCUGUGAGAUGGUGCAGUUGAACAGGAUUUCUUGCAUGCAUAGCCCAGUAAUAUUAAUUUCUUGUAAAAUGCAGAAACUGCUCAAGGAGCAGAAGUCAGUCCUCCCUUUCCUGUGCAGUGCCAGCCCCUGGGCUCAGGUUGUGCUCCCCGUUUUCUCUUUCUGGCAAGUAGAUCUUGAAUUACUGUCCAGACAAUAUCCAAGGAUGAUGUUAAUAACAACUGCCACUGUCUGAAAGAUCUCCUGCUGGUUAAGGGCGUGAGAUAACAAGAUUUGGACCCUUUCAAGGAGAGAAGGGAGCUAUCUUUGGAUGUUAUGCUUCUGGGUGGGUGCUGUAACCACCAGGCAGUUGUAGCCAUGAGUAGUCUUGCAACACAUGGCAACAUCUUGCUGUACAUUGCAGGGCUCAUGGGACAGUAGUGCCCAUGGCCUUUUUAGUUUGUUUUUGUUUUGAGAGUGAAGGCAAAGCUCUUCACCCACUGAUGGAGAAGUAUCUAAUUUCUAGAUCUCAGUUGGUCUUUGGUGGUAUUAACCAAGGUACUAAAGCAACAAGAUCUUUGGACCUAAUAUUUUUUGGACCUAAGAUGGUGAAAAAGAACCAGUUUGUAGGAUUGCAAAUCAGAUGAAUGUUUUAAGUGCCUAUCCAGAGUUUUGCUUCAGAUACCUAAAGCCUCUUUGGGACAUGGCCUUUUUUGCUAUUUCAGUUCAUAGCAUUAAAAUUCCAGCUGUGACCUCGAAAGACAGCUGAAUAGUCUGUGUUUUGUGCAGAACCAAUACAGUGUAGGCACUAUAAUGAAUUCAGACAAAAGGAUUUGUUUUCCUCAUAAGGUGUUGAUGCCAAGUCUUUGAGAUUUUCCUUGAGAAGGAAACGUGUGACAACACCACCAACCAUGUAGGGAGGAGAGGAGACUAAAAGUGCCCCUCUAAAAUGUGUAUGUAAAGGAUGUAGAGUGUAAUUAUUGACACAUUUUGGUGUAGUUUAAUUUGCUAAAUUCAGUAGUUGCUAAAGUUGCUGACAGCUCUGUGUAGAUCUGGUAUGUAAAUGUGCACACAACUCAGUGAAAAAAUUACUAUGAUUAAAUCUUUGUUUGCAAAUACUACUUUUUAGUGAUGAAGACUACCUUCUGUCCUAAGAUGGUGUCAUAUGAUUUAGCCAUACAAUAAAUGGGAGUGUCAAUAAUAUGAAAAUUUUUUAUGUUUACAGAAAUAACUGUAUUCUGUGACAUUUUUGAAGGGAAAAACUAUAUAUUUGACAGACUUUUGCAGUGAUAUUGCUACAUGCUGUAUUUUUAAUCUAUUCACAAUGAAUAAAAAUCUGUAUUUGUACAAAAUGUGAAAAUAAAUCUGAGGUUCAGCCUCCCAGAACUUACCCGGGUUUAGUGUUUCCAGAUGUCAGUGGGAAUAUUGCUUGGGUAAGGACAGUGAGAUGGAAGCCUUUGUGUGUCAGACAUGCAAACACUGCCUGCCUGCAUCACUUAGUCCUCUCAUUCACUUUGUCUGGUUUCAUUCUGGCUGGUCAAUAAAAUUGUUCUUUUUGUCACUUUU